AUGUCACUUGUCAUGGCAGAUGGAUCCCCCAAAAGACCCUAUGGUGUGGUAGAAGAUGUGAUGGUGCAAAUAAACGACUUAAGAUUCCUGGUGGACUUUGUGGUGUUAGAGAUGGAGGAAAACGCAGAGAUCCCUAUCAUUCUUGGAAGGUCGUUCAUGAAGACGGCCAAAGUAAUCGUCAAUGUUGAUGAGGGUACCAUAGCUCUCAAAGGCCAAGAAGAGGAGGUGAUCUUCGAUACCUGCAAUACUGGGCGGCAAGCCCAAGUGAAGAAAACCAAUCCCAAAGCUUCAUUUAAAGAUGCAUCCGGGAAUGGUACCAAGGCUGCUAAAUCAAAAGAGAAAGGUAAAAAGUGUUUUAUGUCACAGGUGCAUGAGGAGAAGAAAGAUAGCAAAGGAGCAGAUGUUCACCCAAGUCCUCUAAAGGAGCAAGAAGGACUGAGACUAGGCUUGCCUGUAUAG